GUUGCUUCGUCUAUGCAGUGUAUUCUAUCGUGCCUUCCUCCCUCGCCUAUCAAGCUGGAUAGUAGCAAAACAACGCCGCAAUCCUCUUCUCUUCCUUUCUCAUUGCAGAUUAUCCUCAGUUCUGCAUCUCGCUUCCUUAAUCCUUUGUCUCGCUAUUCCUACACCCAUUGAUCCUGGCGAGCUUUUCUACUGUCUUACGCCGACUCAUUCUACUAUCGAAACUGCAUCCUUACGACACGUUUUGCCUAGCUUUCAGCUGGAUACUUUCCUCUCCCGCUACUCAAAGCGCUGUCACUUCCAUACAUAAUUACACUUGUGAUGGAUGUCUUGCAGCGCUUUUUGCCGGCGACUAAGCCUAUCAGUCCCACUCUCCUGGAUCGCCACGCGACACCUAUUCCCCCUGGCAUCGAGACUACUACCAGUUCACACAGUCGAGACCACACACCCGAGAAUGCAGAGAGGGACGAAAAUCGGACGUCACCUGAUGUCACCGUGGAAAGCAAGCCCAGUAGCCCCAUCGUCAUGCCGCCUAUAAUCACCAUCAUCGGGGACAGCGAUGAGAGUGGCCGUUCCUCGUCCUCGGAUGCAGGCCUCGCAGAACACCGUAUAGAUUCGGGUGACAUCAGCGACCACACGAUUCAAAAUCACGAUCACCGGACCCUCAUUCCCCGUACGCUUCCUAGAGACGCUCCCAGACGCAAGGCCGGCAGGCAACGCCUACGUGGUACAUCGAGCAACUCUGGCAUCGAGUCCAUCUCGAGAUACAAGCAAAAAGUCGAUGAAGUUAAGGUCCUCGAACAAGAGGUUCGCGAACUCCGCAUAUCGCCCUCCGGAACGCCCCCACACAGGCCUUGGAAGCUGAAGCGAGUCAGCACAGCCCCUGGACUGUGCGAGAAACAUAUAACGGAUGGCAAUAUACAUGGGGAGCCACGAUUCGUCUGGAUCCCGAGCACACUGUCGAGAGCGGACACUUCGUGCCAGACCGCGGACGUCACUCCUUCCGAAAAGAGUGCAGGAAACGACUGCAGCACCCCGUUACGAGCAUGCUUGAGUCAAUCGCCAAAGAAUAGAACGAGCAGCCCAUCGAGCAUUCCACAUAAACCGAUCGUGAAGAAUAGCGCGAUAGGAAGUCCGCCGUCAGGUCUCACAGGCAAAAGGCGUAAACACGGACAUCAACGAACGAAGGCUGUUGACUUCGACAGUCCGACGUCUCUGUUCAUGUCUUCGGUUUCAAAGCUGAAGUCAUGGGUAGCGGAAAAGGACAGCGCGAUGACGGCUGAUCCUGAAAUUGAGAUAGCCAAAGCUGUUUCUUUUAUAAAACCUCGGUCGAAGAGCAAAGCCGCAGAUUCAGCUGUCACGCGUACCGAUGUCCAUGUCGUUGCCAUCUCUGCUCCAGAAGACGACGCGAGUCUCAAGAAACCUCGCAAACUCUCUGCAACGCCGACGAAGCAGAUCGUCCAAACAGAUGCCGGGGCCUAUGGGGUGGUUUGGGACGAUCCUCCGACCUCUUCUUCCGACAAUGAGACCCGCCGUCGUGGAUCAGACGCCGGUCAGGCUCUCGAAGCUGCUAGCUCCACCGGCCUAGAAGGAGUGGACACCAAGCUCUCCGACUGGAGCUGGCGAACCUUGGGCUCAUUCGAUCAAGCCACUCGACGAGACCGGAAGCCCUCACACUUCGUCCCGAAUAUCGUCGUCUUCCCAGACGAUUCCUACCAAAACACCGUCCCAGCUAUCGCAUCUGGUCGUCACACCUACCUUCGCCACACGGCCUCCUCCACCCUCGACUCAUCCUCAGACGCAGAACCAUCCGCCGCACCCCUCCAAUCCUCCUCCCUCCUCCCCCGCCGCGACCCCCCUCCGCCCCCCAACAGCGCCUCCUCCUCCGGCCUCCUCCUCCCCCGCCGCUCCCCCUCCGCCGGCCGCAACAGCCCCAGCCGCACCACCUCCACCACAGACUCCUCCCUCUCCUCCACUACCUCAGACCUCCACCAGGCGGCCUUCCUCCCCCCACCUCCCUCCCCCUCCGCCGACCACCCCUCCUGGCCCCGCGCGAAGAAAGACUCUCUCUUCCCCUCCGCCUCGGACGAGCACCUGCACCUCACCAGCACGCAUAGGCUGUCGCACAUCGACAACCUGCAUUUCCGCACGCACAAGGAUAGUCUGGCGGUGGCGCGCGCGAAGUGGGAACGGAAGUACUCGCAGGCCAUGGGCCUGGUGGGCGCUGGGGGUGUGGAUCCGGAGAGGUUUCGCGGGAGGUGUAGUGUGGCGAUUGCGCGGAAGAGGAUGAAGGGGAGGAGGGAGGUGGGGAGGGGGAGGUUGGAGAGUUUGAGUGAGGGCGGCGGGGUGGGAUUGGGAGGAGGGGAGGUGCGGGUGGCGACGGCGAGGGCGGGGGAGAUGGUUGGAGGGGGGGAGGGCAGGGUUGUUAGGAUUGUGGAGUAG